ACACGGCGCGUCGCGCCGCGGCCCUUUUCUGCGUAUCCCGACGCCGAGCGCCGCUGAUCCGGUUCCCGCCGCGCUGAUGGACGCCGCCGUAAUCAAGAAGCGACUCGAGUACGAGAAGGUGAAAGCGCGAAUCAAGGAGCUCGAGGCUCUGAAGAACUGCGGGAUCUGCGGCGCCGACAAGGCCAAGGCGUGCCAAGGUUGCGGCACGACGGCCUACUGUUCGACGGCCUGUCAACGCAUCGACUGGCGCGACCGGGGCCACCGGAAGGCCUGCAAGAAGAUCCAGGCCGAGCGGGCGGCAGAGGCGGCGCGGGCGGAGGCGGCGCGCGCGGAGGCGGCGCGCGCGGAGGCGGCGCUGGCAACGCCGACACCCCCGCCGGCGCCCCCGCCGGAGGUCUUCUACGGCCCCGCGCCGCGUUCGCACGCCGACGAGGUCCGCGCGCGCAUCGCGGCGGAGCACGAGGCGGCGCGGGCGCGGCGCGAGGCGAACCCGGCGCCGAAGCCGCUAUCGGCGCGAUUCGGGUCGCGGUGCCCGAUUUGUUUCGAGGACUGGGACGUGAACGCUGAUUUCCAUGGAGAUUGGUCCUUAUACGCCUGCUGCUGUCGAAAGAUCUGCGAUUCCUGUUCGGAGAAGACUGGGGAGGAGCCGUGUCCUUUUUGUCGGGCGCCGCAUCCGAGUAUUCCGGACUUUCUCACUCUGCUUCGCCGCCAUGUGGAGAACGAGGUGCCGGAAGCGAUUGCGUUUUUGGGGAACUUGUACCUCGAAGGCAAAUACGGCCUCGUGCAAUCUGCGAAGAAGGCAGCGAAGCUCUACAAACGCGCCGUGGAGCUCGGGGACGUGGAUGCGACGAACCAUCUUGGUUGGAUGUAUAAACACGGAAACGGCGUCAAACUCGACAAGAAGAAGGCGGAGCGGCUGUUUCGCAUGGCCGCGGACCGGGGACACGCGCCGGCGCAGUUCAAUCUGUGGGAGUUGCUUGAGAGCGACGACGAGGAAGAAGAAGGAUUACCCUAUCUCGAGCGCGCCGCCGCUCUCGAAUUCACUCAGGCGGAGUCUGCUCUUGGAGUCGAACAUCGAUUUCUUGGACCCGUUGUGCAGCAUGACCUCGGAAAAGCGAAGCACUGGCUCGCGCGCGCGGCCGCCAAGGGUGACGAGGUUGCGAUCCGACUUCUCGAAAAUAUAGACGACCAAGAACAAUUCGACGAACGGGAGCAAGCCGCCGAGCGGGCCGCCGCCGAGCUCCUCCGCGAGCUCGACGGCGCUUAGUUGUCGGGCUUGCCAUUGACCGACGUUUUUAUGUAGUAAUCUGCGAGGCCGCGCGUCUGCUCGAGGCUAAGACUACGCAUC